AUAUGGAUUCGUAUGCCCAACUGCACCCGUCCCAUAUUAUUUGUCGUUAGAUGGUAGCAAGUCCUUGAAGCACUUGCCACGGUAUGCGAGGUAGUCUAGUCAACAGAAACACAACAACAACGCUUCAAGAUGGCGAUGAGCAGAAAAGGAAACGUUCGGCUUCCGCCAGAAGUCAACAGAAUUCUGUAUGUGAGAAAUCUUCCCUACAAAAUCACUGCAGAGGAGAUGUAUGAUAUCUUUGGAAAGUAUGGAGCCAUCAGACAAAUAAGGGUAGGGAACACACCAGAGACCAGGGGAACAGCAUUCGUUGUGUACGAGGACAUUUUUGAUGCCAAGAAUGCUUGUGAUCAUUUAUCAGGGUUUAACGUCUGUAACAGAUAUUUGGUAGUGUUAUACUACCAGAGCAAUAAGGCAUUCAAGAAAGUGGACCAGGACAAAAAGAAAGAGGAUUUGGAUAAGAUGAAGGCAAAGUAUGGCUUGAGUACGCCGGAGAAAAAAUGAUGACAAUGACAAAAGGACUACAGAAUUGGAGGACUGUCAAAACAUUAUGUGUACAUAACCAUGUCAUCAUUGUCAUCCUCAAUUCAUCGCUUCAUCCUCAUUGUGUAUAAAUGAGGAUUUCAUUGUUUCACAUUGUGGAACGCCAUUUGUUGUGAAUUCAUCCGCAUCAGUUGUGUGAGGAUUUCAUAUAUUUGCACUAUGGAGGAAGAGUAGUGCUCGGUGGAACAGUUUGCAAGGGAAUUUUCAUGCUACAUGUAGCUCUAUCGACAUGCAUCCUCUUCAGUUUUCUGAGGACCCAAAAAAUAUAAAAUGAAAGAGUUUUUAACUCUGAUUGACCUUCUGUUUCUAUUUCUAAAAAUUUGUUUGCACUGUAUAAAACUUUUUUUGAUGCCAUUGGACCAGUGCUUCAAAGCUUCAGUUAUGCUCCCACUUAAAACUAAAUAAAACCUUAGGGUUAAUCAGAUGGUAUGUCAGUUACUCAGUAAUUUCUGGGAAGAGUGAGAUCGAAUAGUUGGAAAGAUUUAAAUCU